ACACUACCAUUUCUCUCCAUUUUCAAUUUUUUUUUGAAAUUUUCUCUUCUCUCUUUCUCUCUGAGAUUUUCUCCGACGACGAAUCUCGUUCUUCGUUUCACACUUCUGCAAAAAUGGUGAUGGCUCAGAAGCUGAAGGAAGCAGAGAUCACUGAGCAGGACUCGCUUCUUCUGACUAGGAAUUUGCUUCGUAUUGCUAUAUUCAACAUCAGCUAUAUCAGAGGACUCUUUCCUGAGAAGUAUUUCAACGAUAAAUCGGUUCCUGCUUUAGAUAUGAAGAUUAAGAAGCUAAUGCCUAUGGACGCUGAAUCUCGCCGAUUAAUUGAUUGGAUGGAGAAAGGAGUCUACGAUGCGCUUCAGAGGAAAUAUUUGAAGACGCUCAUGUUCUGCAUAUGUGAAACUGUAGAUGGUCCGAUGAUUGAGGAAUACGCAUUUUCUUUCAGCUAUUCAGAUUCUGACAGCCAAGAUGUCAUGAUGAAUAUCAAUCGUACUGGCAAUAAGAAAAAUGGAGGAACAUUUAACUCCACUGCUGACAUUACUCCAAAUCAAAUGAGGAGUUCAGCUUGCAAAAUGGUUCGUACAUUAGUUCAGCUGAUGAGAACUCUUGACAAAAUGCCAGAUGAGCGCACCAUAGUGAUGAAGCUUCUGUACUACGAUGAUGUGACGCCACCAGAUUAUGAGCCACCUUUCUUCAGAGGCUGUACAGAAGACGAAGCUCAGUAUGUAUGGACAAAGAAUCCUCUGAGGAUGGAAAUUGGGAAUGUUAACAGUAAACAUCUCGUGUUAACGCUAAAGGUCAAGAGCGUGCUUGAUCCUUGUGAGGAUGAAAAUGACGACAUGCAAGAUGAUGGGAAGAGUAUUGGACCUGAUUCUGUACAUGAUGACCAGCCUUCUGAUUCAGAUAGCGAGAUCAGUCAAACACAAGAAAAUCAAUUCAUUGUGGCGCCAGUAGAGAAACAAGAUGACGAUGAUGGAGAGGUUGAUGAAGAUGACAACACACAGGAUCCGGUUGAGAAUGAACAGCAGUUAGCAAGGGUAAAGGACUGGAUCAACUCCCGUCACCUCGAUACCCUGGAGCUCACAGAUAUUCUUGCAAACUUCCCAGAUAUCUCAAUAGUUCUAUCUGAAGGUAAAUCAAGCUUAAUGAUGAUAAAAAUCAUGGAUCAGCUAGUGACAGAAGGUGUUCUUUCGAAAACAGGCAAGGAAACGUACAUUAAAAAGAGAGACAAGCAGACACCAGAGAGCGAAUUCACCUUUGUCAAAGAGGAAGCUGAUGGUCAAACUGCCCCAACGGAUCGGAAACCUGUAGCUCCUGAAGACUACUUGUACAUGAAAGCUCUAUACCAUUCUCUUCCGAUGAAUUAUGUGACGAUUACAAAGCUUCACAACAUGCUGGAUGGUGAAGCUAAUCAGACUGCAGUUCGUAAAUUGAUGGACAGGAUGACACAAGAGGGCUACGUGGAAGCUUCGAGCAACCGCAGGCUAGGGAAGCGUGUGAUUCAUUCUAGUCUAACUGAGAGGAAGCUAAAUGAAGUCAGAAAGGUUCUUGACACAGAUGAUAUGGAUGUGGAUGUUAACGAAGCUAUUAACAAGACGAACGGCCUAGAGGCCAAAGUAACCGCAGAUGUAUCUACCUGUGGAGGAAUCCACUCCAUAGGUUCAGACUUCACACGUACGAAAGGAAGAUCUGGUGGAAUGCAGCAGAACGGCUCUGUUCUAAGUGAACAGACCAUCUCUAAAGCUGGGAACACUCCCAUUAGCAACAAAGCACAGCCUGCGGCUUCGAGGGAGAGCUUUGCGGUACAUGGAGCGACUGCUAAGGAGGCCGAGACAGUCAACUGUAGCCAAGCCUCACAGGACAGACGUGGCAGGAAAACCAGCAUGGUGAGAGACCCAAUUCUGCAGUACUCGAAGCGUCAGAAAUCUCAAGCUAAUUGAAGAUACCACCUCUAUCAGACACCAUAUAACCACCUUCCUCAGUGGUUAUGAUAUUAUCUAUCUACUCUACACUCGCUUUUUAUUGCUUUAUUCUUCCUCUGCAUUUUCAGACUAUUUUCAUGCUUGUCUUAAAGUCUCAUUUCUUAUGGCUUUUGGGAAGACAAUUUAUUGCAUUAAAGGUUGCAAAAAGUA